AUGUCUGAAGGAGACAGAUUGGCGGCUCCAGGAACGAGGUCUCGUGGACCACCAACCGUAACCGGUCUUUCUCCUACUGAAGGAACUCCUGGAACUCAGAUCACAAUACGAGGUGAGAAUCUAGGAACGGAUCAAAAUGACUUGCUCAUGCUUUUCAUCUGCGGGACCGACUCGAAGUCCGUCUUUUACUGGUUUUUCGGAUUGGAAACCUUCAAAAUUAUUGCUCGUCUUGGGCAGGCGAAUCGCGGGCUAGGAGAAGUCAAAAUAGCCACCAAAUCUGGUGGGCGAGGGGUUUGCAACGUAAAAUUCAGGGUGUUCAUUGCUCAAAUUGGACCUUUGGAGGAAUCAGCUGUUUGGGUAGACGAAACACAGACCGUCCCAGGGCGAGAGGCGGUACGAACCGUGGCUCAAACAUCAGAAGAAAAGGAUGCUCUAGGACUAAGGCCGACCACGAAAAAGAUGGAUCCAGCUCUUUUGGCCAAAUUGUUUCCUGAUAGUUCUGGAAAUAUUCGAAUGGAAAGUUUCAACCCUCAGUGGUACCUACUGGAGCACCAUUCGGAGACACCGAUAGAAGAGCUGCGAGAGGCCUUGAAAAUCAUGCAGCUAGCCAAAGCCGACGAAGCAAAAAAGAGCGAACAAAUGCACAAGGCCAAUCUUUACUCUUUGAUCAAUUGUGUAGAUUCGCUUGCUGCUCUGCAUGGGGAGCUCGAGCGAAGUAAUAAAGCAGGGGAGUUUGCUGUGAUCAAACAAAUCGGAAAUCAAAUUUCUGAAGCUCGAUUGAAAGCAGAAAGCGUGUUCAAGGAUGUUUUAUCUCGUAAAGAUCGUGCCGAUGCCACGAGAAAUGCUCUAUCUGUACUUACAAGAUUCAAAUUUAUAUUCUUCCUCAGUAAAACAAUAGACGACAAUAUGAAAAAGGGUGAAUACUUGACCAUCCUGAAUGACUAUAUGCGGGCAAAAUCACUAUACAAAGAUACAGAGGUUGCUUUGUUCAAAGAAGUUAUGAUUCAUCUUGAUGCGAAGAUGGAGAAGUUCAAAGAAGAGAUGAAGCUGAAGCUAAUCGAUACCUCAGCUUCGUUUGAAGAGCAAAGCAAACUCAUCAAGUAUCUUAAGAUACUUGAACCUGACUCGGAUCCUACGUGGGAAUGUAUUACUGCAUACCACUGUUGGCUUGAAGACAUUCUAUGGAAGCUGCAGGAAACUCAUUACAAAAAAGGUAGUGUGUUGUUACAAAUUUUCAAGAUAAUCGGUUUGCAAGUGCUAUUGGAAACAAACGAGCGCCAAGUUUUUGUCUCUUCAUUAGUUUCCGUGUUGAUGCAUAAAUUGCAAUCAUUCUGGAAACUUUCCAAUACCUACACGACCAAUGAAGAGCGAUGGACCCAGCGUCAAGACGACAUCAACCAAAUGCUUGUGAACACCAUAAAUGUUUCGUCAUGGUUGAUACUAAACGCUUUAGUGCCAAAAGCUCUGCCGGAUGACGUCAUCAAAAGGUAUGAAGCACAAUUUGUCCGAUGGCCCGAAAUAUCCGCCCAAACAACGAAAACAGUUCUGACCCAUAGUCUCAAAACCUUAAGAUCAUUUAUAUCAUCUCUGUUGGAUGCACAAUUUACUUCAACACAUGUGCAGCCAUUAGUCGAACUUUGCAUGACAGUGAGGCUGAAGUUCAUAUCGGACGUUAUCGACAGUGGUGUGGAAAGCAUUUGUGCUCUCGGUGCCAAGGAAAACUGGAAACAAGAUUUCAGUUCCAGCGUUGCGGCAAAGACGACUCUGCCAGACUUCUACGAGAAUGAGGUGUUUGAUUGUCUGUCUGCUGUGAGGGAUGCGCUUUCAACCUCCGGAUAUCCAAACGAGGCAUGCCUUUUCUCUCGCGAACGUUUCCGAAGUACGUUAAUUGACAUCUUCGUCCAUUUGAUUACAGCGAUCAGGCACUGUUUUGACCGUUUUGCACUCUGUCUGAGAGUUAAAAUGUCUGAGAAUAAUAGAUACGUGGUUAACGGUAGCAAGUUACUCAUCAGCAUCUGCAAUUUGGAGUUUAUAUUGGAAACUGCGUUGAAGAACAUCAGUCGUCGCUUGCUUGAAUGUGGUGUGAAGUAUGCAGAUGAUGUAUAUGAAAAAUCGAAAGCAAAAUUACUAGUGUACAGGAAGACCCUUGUUCGAUGCUACAUUAUGAUAAAGAGCAGCGCCUUCACUUCACUAAUAGACUCUGCAAACUACGAGUUUAUACCCGAUGAUGAUGUGUCGGAUUAUGCGAAAGAGAUGAUGAUGUGUUGUGUGCUACAACAAGCUGAACUAGAACUGUGCGCUCCUCAACUAACUUCACAGUGUCUCCAGGCCACCGUGCAAGCAGCCUUUGACAGUCUAUUAGAUCAUUUGGAAGCGCGUGAACCUGCUUCUCAACGAGAAGCUACUCAGAGAGUUAUCGACAUAUGUGCUCUUGAGCAGGCACUGGGAGGGUUCACUAACUUGGAAACAAGAAAACUUCAGCUGUGCCUUAACAACAUGCGGACGUCGAUGCGUAUGGCUAUUGAAAGCUUAGAAGGAGGGGCGGAAGAUGAUCUUAACACAUCUAAUAUAUAG